UGGGCCUCCUGGAACAUUCGUCAGGAAAUCUGGAGAUUCCAUUAAUACAUUAUUUUCUAUACAAAAGUUCAAUAUGAAUGACAGUAUCUCCUUUGAUUUGGUAAUUCGGGAUGCAAAACCUUUCCAAGGAUAUAUGUAUAUUUUGUUCACAUCAAGUCAAGGUACUUACACUAGCAUGAGAGUAAACAUCAAUCUCAAUAUCAAAAAACCUAUCCUCGUAUUAAAACCAAAUCUGAUUCGUGUAGAUGUGAUGCCAGGUUCAAUAAAGAUAGUAGAUGUUAUCAUUACAAAUGUAGGAGAAGUUUCUGCAAGAAAUGUAUCUGUAAGUCUUCCAACGGACUCCAGAUUUUCUCUUGUGUCUUUCACGGUAGAGAAACACAAGUUAACAGAUUCAAAUUAUACAGAUAUUUUAUCAAAGGACACUGCGCUGUUAUCUAUUGCCAUUGUUAUUGGAGGAAGUGACUCAUUAGGAGAAAUUUCAGGAAAUAUUUAUAUUAAUUCUUUAUCAACUUCAAGUCGACUGCCCUUCACAGUCUAUAUAUCAUCUACGGAGACAACGAAUGUUACAUUUACUGUGAAAGAUGAAUACACUUACUUCGCUAUCGGAUCUCCUCUUGUAACAAAUGCAACAAUAACACUUUCAAAUCCAAGACGAGAAUUUUUGGAAGCAAGAACAACAGAAAAUGAAACUGGUGUUGUAAUAUUUGAGAAUGUUUAUGAAGACCAGUACACGAUAUUUGUUGAGGCAGAAAAUCAUUCGUCUUACGGAGCUGUUAUUUUUAUCUCCCCCAGUAAAUCACACCAUGAAAUCUUUCUGCCGCGUAUUGCUGUUAAAUACACUUGGACAGUUGAAGCAACAACUUUUAAAGAUGUUUACACCAUUGCUUUGGAAUCGACCUUCGAAACAUAUGUUCCAAUGCCUGUUGUUACAGUACAGCCAUCUCAUAUUGACACGUUACCUCUGGAGCAAAAGGAAACGAGUGAAAUCGAAUUUACUAUUACAAAUCAUGGUCUGGUUCAAGCAAACAAUGUAAGAUUUGCGUUUCCAACGUCUCAUCCGUAUCUAACUUUCACUUCGAUGGUUGAAAUGAUUGGAAUUAUAGCUGCUAAUACAUCUAUUGUUGUUCCUGUCAAAACAAUGCGUAAUCAAAGAGAAGAGCGAUCGGGAUCGUUUUGUGUUGAUGUAUUUUUAAUUUACGAUUAUCAAUGCCCAGACAGGCAGACACGAUCUGCUCUCAUCAGGCUAAUACGUGGUAACUCGGAACCAUCUUGUGGGCGUAUGAAUUCUACUGGUAGGCCUUCAUAUGGUACAUAUGGUACAUAUGGUACUUUGAUGUCUGUUGGGUAUGUCGGAACUUCUACGCUUACAUGUGAUUGUUUAUCAACAUUGAUAGAAAAUUGCAUCUUAUCAUUUCAUCCUGCAGCUGGGUGCGCUAUAGCAGGGAAGAAUUGGAAUUCUGAAACUCCUGUUACUGUAAUAGUUGUGUCGGACACGGUUAUGGGGUGUAUUGUUUCAAGAAUCAACCCGUUGAUAAGCACUUUAUAUAAUGCAGCAAGAUGCGUAAUGGACGUAAAUGAGAAAUGUUCUAGUGGACGUAAACGACGGGAGAUCAAUUCCGAUAUAUUAACUGCUUUAAUAAAGUCGUCUGGUCCGAUAAUAAAUUUCCUUAAUAUGGGCCAAGAAAUUUUUGGAACGAGAUACAUAACAUUAGAAGAUACAUGGUAUACCGAAUUUAAGAGAGGUGCUGCUGAUGAUACACAGCUCGGAGCAAUGAUAUCAGAAACAGAGUAUUCUGCUAUCAUAGAUAACCUCUCCGAAAUUGAAAAGAAAGGCAAUGUGAGCAGAUUCAUUCAACGCUUUAACAACACAGUGGCUGCUUGGGAAAACGGGACUUUGUCACAACUCGAGGACAGUGGUCAAGUGAUCAGCUUUAGACGUUUACAAGCCGGUAUUGAUCAAUUUCAUUACGAUAAUGAUAAAUCUAAAGCUCUUGGAUAUGACUCCGUUUUUGAUGAAUAUGGACAAUUGGUGAAAAGCUAUCGUGAAGCAAAGGAACAAGAGAGCAGCAGUGAAGCUAGAAAGAAAGAAGGUGUUUGUGCAAGAGUGCGGAUAAGGAUUGAGCAAGAACUCGUUCUUACAAGAGACGCUUUCAAGGCAAAAUUAGAAAUAGAAAAUGGGGAGAAAUUUGACCUUGAGAAUAUUAAAGUUGAAAUUAAAAUAACACAACCGUUUGGGUCAGAAGAACUACAGAACGAAAAGUUUUCUAUUGGUAAAUUAACCUUGAUUGGAAUAAGCGGCAUUGGUGGAGAAGGAAGGCUAGGACUUGGUUUGUCUGGCUCUGCCGAAUGGUUAAUCGUUCCGUACAGUACCGCUGCCCCCGAGGAUGACACGGAGUACGACAUUGGUGGUCAGUUAUCGUAUUCUGUAGAUGGGACUGAACUUUCUGUGUCUCUUCUUCCUGACACAAUAACUGUUUCACCGAAUCCAAGUCUUGUCGUUCAUUACUUCCAUGAAAAGUUUGUACGUGGAGAUGACGCUCUCACACCAGAAAUUGAGCCGAUUGUCCCAUUUACACUCGCUGUAAUGGUUAUGAAUUCGGGAUACGGUGUAGCAAAAGCCUUAAAAUUAACUUCUGGGCAACCAGAAAUAAUUGAGAACGAGAAAGGUCUCCUGGUGUCAUUUAGAAUAAUUGCAGCUCAGCUCGGAAAUCAGGCCAUAACGCCAUCUCUUAGUGUCGACUUUGGUGACAUUCACUCUCUUGAGACUAAAACUGCAAGAUGGCUCAUGACGUCAUCACUUAUGGGAAAAUUCUUUAACUACAGUGCAACUUUUGAAAAUAUAAAUCCUCUGGGAGAUCCGCAAUUGUCAUUGAUUGAUAGAUUAGAAUACCAUGAUCUCGUGCAUUUAGUUAGGAUACAGUUUUCUGAUGCGGACGAUGGUUUAGAUGAUUUUCUUGUAAAUAGUUUCCCGGACCAAGAUAGUUUUCCUGAUAUGCUAUACGACAGUGCAAAUGGUUCUUCAGUAUCACAAGUUUCAAAAGCAAAUGUGACCGAUAUUAAAUGGAAAACAUAUACAAAUCCAUCAAUGAAAGUUUACAAACAAGUUAAUCUAACCGUAAGUGUAAAAGAGGUUAUGUGGUUCUAUGCACGAAUAGAAAAUACAUUUACUAGACAACUUAGUACCAGUGAAGAAUUGCUCAAUGUCGUUACCCAGUCUGGGAGAAUUAUAUUACUAGAAAAAAAUGUAUGGCAGACAACACAUAUUUUUGACAAGUUUUUUCUUCAUUUGUUUGAUUUUGUGCAAUCAGAAAAUGAAGACGAAGAUCUGAAUGGAAAAGAAAUUAUUUAUUUAUUGACAUAUGGUCCGAAAAAUAAUAACGCUCCGCAUAUCAGUGCAUCAUCAUACAAUGUGAACAUGACAAAUGCAAUAAAGGUGGGGUCUAACAUAGUACAUGUUACCGCCUAUGAUAAUGAUGAUGAUAAUGUUAUGUUUGAAUUAAAGAACAAUAGUGACAACCUGUUCGCAAUUCAACAGAUCACCCUGGACUCUGUAGCAGUAGUACUAAAUGCCAGAAUUAUAUCAACUGGAACUUUUGUUGUGGAGUUGGUCGUAAAAGAUGAUGGUAUACCAACCAGAUCUUCAUCUAUAAAUAUCCAUAUAAGUAUUACAGAGGAGGGCAUUGAUGGCAAUUCCACGAGAAGAACAAGUCCUCUCACGACAGAAACCCCGAUGUCAACAAAGCCCUCUGACCCGAGCAAUUUAACAGAUGUGCAAAAGGAAAACACAACUACAUCAUUGGAAGCUUACGAUGAUACUGAUGAUACAUUUCCGUUGUUUAUACCCUUGACUAUUGGGGGAAUCAUCAUUCUUCUUGUCAUGGUAACUGCAGGAAUUGUGUACUUUUUCAGGAGAAAAAGGACCGACUCUGGAAGUAACACUUUUGAACUUGAUUCAAGUUCAAUUUGAAGUUCAAUUGCAAUGGUUCGAGGAGUAUGAUAUUACAAAAAAAUAUAAUCUUUAUUAUUCAAGUGCUUUCCUUCAAAAUCAGACGAGGCAUAUAAUCCACAACAUUAUUUCACCUGACUUAACGGCUGCAGUAACCGAAGAAAUAUGAAAAUGUUUACAAACAUUUUAGAUUUAAUUUAAACAUAGCGACGAAGUAGACCAUAUCAUUUAUAUUAUUAUUUCACCCAUUGCUUUUCAUGUUGUACAUGUAAUUGAGUCGGAGUUUGGUUUUAUAACAUGUAAAUGGAUUUUUAUAUAUUUUAUUUUGGAAAGAAUGAUUUGAUAAUUCGUUUAUAGAUAGUUUUAGACAGAGAAAUACGUGCUCACCAUGUACACUUUGUAAAAAUUGCAUAUUUUAUUUAUGAAGAAUAUGCCAUUAAUUUCUAUUGUUUAAUAAUCUCAACAUGUCUUCUGCUUUCAUCAUAAAGGUUGUACAAAAAGCAUGUUAAAAACUAUAACAUUAUGUAAUUAUAAGAUUCUGUUUGUAUAAUGCACAUGUGUUCAAUGGUAUAUAUGUAAACUCUGAAAUAUAAUUUUACAGUAUAAAAGUAUGUACGACAUAUGUAUCGUAAAUAUAUCUAUACAUAUUUAUCAAUCAAGGAAAAGGAUUCAUAACAACUCCAGAUAUUAAUUUUCUAAAACUUUUAUUAUGCACUACUUACUUUCAUAUAUGAUAAUUGUAUAUACAAGUGUUCUGUUUAUGAUUAUGAUGCACUAAUUUCAAUAUUAAAGAAAUGAACACAAAAUA